AACCAAGGCCCAAUGGAGAAAGGACCAAACACCAGGCGACUUGCACCAGAUGUUCUCCCAAGCCCCUUGCCCUUUUCUUCUUUGUUUCCGUUCACGAUCGAGUUGAUUGGUGGUUGGCGAGUGAGCGAAUCUUCGUUCCUCUUCGCCUACUCACUUACACUACUUUUUUUUUAUCAGAAGUGGGAUUUGGGAACACAAUGCAUUGAAGUGUCUUCUCGAUCUCCGUUCAGUGAGUCUCCAUUGGAUCCUAUUGAGAUGAGCCCCCAACGUACCCCAGUGCCCCCUUCUUCUUCUUCUCCAUCUUUGUUCAAUCGCACAGAUCUCUCUGUUAUUUGUAAGUAUUUCUCAGAGAAAACUGUGGACGCUUCUUCUCUCUCUCUCUCUCAAGUCUGAACCAAAUCAAACCAUAACCCGUCUUACAAACUAGAUUGAAUUUAAUGUAGAGAACCCAUUACGACGGAUCUAUUACAAACUAUUCUCUGUCUCUCUCUCUUUUUCUUAUUGAUUUCAUCUUUAUAGUUACAAAUUCGGUUCACUUCUCUGAUCGAGAUCUGUUUUUCUAUUUGUUGUUUGGGCUGGUUAUGGUUGACGACAUCUUGGAGGAAAACCAAAUAGAGAAUGGAUGAAGAAUUCAUCAUCUCAGUUGCAGAGAAAGGGAAAAAAGGGUAGUGGGGGAAAAAUCAAACUACUCAAUCUUGGCAAUGAAGUGUCUGAACCCAUCUUCUUUUCCGGUCUCAAGUUCAUGGCAUCUAUUCGCAGGUAGUUAGGGUUUUUGGGUGGAUGGGGAAGAAGAAUUAUUAUAUUUGGAUUUGGGGUGAAAGGGUAUAAUAGAAAAUUCAUAGCAUGGUAAAGGUAUUUUAGUCUUCAAAAAAAAAAAAAUCUAUUAAGCCACGUCACAAUAUAACAGCUUUUUACUAAGAGUUGAUAAACAAUCAUCUCCGAAGGGUAUAGUGUAAUAGUCAAUUUUACAGGAGAUGGUUAUAAUAUUAAAAUAAAGUGCAGGGAGGAAGAAAUUUGAAGUACUCAAUAUAGAAUUCAAGUCACAUCGUAAGUCAAACACGGCUUAGAAAAUUCCCAUUUCAACAAUGAAACACCUUCAAGGAUACUUCGAAGCUUGGAAAAAUCGCAGGGCAUGAGUGUGACCUUAAUCGGUCCGAAGAAAUCACUAUAUAGGCCCCGUUUCUCUAAUCAUUCUACUUGUGAUAAGACUCAAACCUCAAUCCUGAGGUAGGGAAGGGCAACCCUCAUUUCUCAACUGAUUGAGGUUCAAAGAAAAUACAAGUAAAUUUGAGAGAAAUGAUGAUGAUGAUGAUCCGCUUCCUUUUCCUCUGCAAUUGGUCUCUUCAUCUUCUGCAACAAUCUGUUGGGCACGAGGAUGACUGCAAGCCUUCACAGUGUUCUGGGUAUGGACCUAGUAUCGAAUUCCCAUUCCGAAUAAAGGACCAACAGCCUGAGCACUGCGGAUACCCACUUCCAGGGUUUGAGCUGAUUUGCAAAGAUGGAGACACCAUCCUACGUCUUCCAUCUGUUGGGGACUUGCUUGUUUAUGACAUCUCCUAUUCAUCACCACAGAGCAUAUCAGUCAGAAAACAUUGCUUUGCAGAAUUCAUCCUUGAUUUUGAUUCUAGCAAUAACUCAUCAUCAUCAUCCACAUCUUCUUCUCCAUUCCAUUACUAUUGUAACACGAAGAAUUACACAUUCUUUACCUGCACAACUGACUCCACUUACGAUAGGGGCAGCUUCUAUCAAGUGCCCUGUUUGAGUAACGUGUCACAUACAGUUGUCUUCAUUGAAUCGUCUUCUGACCUGGCAUCGUUGUCGGAGUCCUGCAACUUCAUGGAAACUGCUGCACUUCCAUAUGGGCAAUAUGAAUAUGUCUAUGGAAAGUAUAUUUGUGACCUAGGUCCUUACUCUCCCAUUGACCUCUAUAGUUAUGACACGCGUUUGUGUUUGAUAUGGGAAGUGCCUGGGUGUAACUGCAGAGAGUUAGGAGAGAGAUGCAGAUUCAAGAACAAAACCACUCAGGAACUGGGAUGUUUCUAUGAGAACGAAUCUCCUCCACCUUGGUACCCCAUCUCUUAUGGUUAUGACUUCACACCGUCAGGUUCCAAAGGUGAAUUGGCAAAAGAUGUUGGCAUAGGAGUAAGCACAGCCUUGUUGGUUCUCAUAGCAGCAACACUAGUUUCUAUUAAGGUCUACAAGUCACGGAAAUUGGCAAACGAGAAAGCAAGAGAAGAUCAACUCAAGGUUGAGAAAUUCCUGGAGGAAUACAAGUCUCUUAAGCCCACCAGAUACUCUUAUUCUGAGAUUAAGAAGAUGACGAAACAAUUUAAAUGUAAAAUAGGACAAGGAGGCUAUGGCAGUGUGUUCAAAGGAAAGCUCUCAAAUGGAAUUCUUGUUGCUGUAAAGAUCCUCAAAGAAGCAGCUAGUGAUGGAGAUGAUUUUAUCAACGAAGUGGGCACCAUCGGUAGGAUUCACCAUGUCAAUGUGGUUCGUCUUCUUGGGUACUGUGCAGAUGGAUACAAGAGAGCAUUGAUCUAUGAAUUCAUGCCCAAUGAAUCACUAGCAAAAUUCAUAUUCUCAGAAGAUGCUAACAACCCUCUGCAACACUGGGAGAAGCUUCAGGACAUUGCAAUAGGUAUAGCAAGAGGAAUUGAAUACCUACAUCAAGGUUGUGACCAGCGUAUCCUCCAUUUUGAUAUAAAGCCUCACAAUAUUCUACUAGACAAAAAUUUUAAUCCCAAAAUUUCUGAUUUUGGGCUGGCAAAGUUAUGUGCCAAAGGGCAAAGCAAUGUAUCCAUGACAGCUGCUAGGGGAACAAUGGGUUAUAUUGCACCUGAAGUAUUCUCUUGGCACUUUUCCAAUGUUUCAUAUAAAUCAGAUGUCUACAGUUUUGGGAUGUUGUUGCUUGAAAUGGUGGGAGGAAGGAAGAAUGUAGAUGCCACAGUGGAGCACUCGAGCCAACUAUACUUUCCUGAAUGGAUUUACAAUCGUCUAUAUCAAGGGGAAGAGCUGGGUUUGAGGAUGGUUGCAGAUGAAGAUGCUGAAAUUGCAAGGAGAUUGACCAUUGUUGCAACUUGGUGCAUACAGUGGUACCCAUCAGGUCGCCCUUCAAUGAAUACUGUGAUUCGGAUGUUGGAAGGAGAAAUUGAUAACUUGGAAAUGCCCCCUAACCCCUUUGUUUCAACAGCUCCAGGGGAGGUAGAGGCUGAGGCAGGAGUCUUAGAGGGAUCACAAGGCCCAAAUUUAGCAGUCAUCAGUGAAUACUAGUAAAUAUAAGUAAUAAAGAGUAUGAUAAGCUCCAGGUUAAAGUAUAGCUUCAAAUGAUCAACUAGGAAAAAUAUGCAAAUCACUUUUCUGGUAUUCUAGCUAGGAUUUAUGUUUGUUUCUUUCGAAAGUGAGAUUGCAAUUGUGCACAAUUGGUAGCUUUUAGGUUUUGGAAGACAUAAUGUGCAAUACAAUCAACAGCCAAUUCUUAA